CAUUUCAAAAUGAAAGCUGCACACAGCGGCCAUGUUCUUGUCUACCGAGUAAAAAAAUCGAGUAAAAACUUGUGAUAUCAAAAAAGUGAAUUUGAAAGAACAAAAUUUUCUAAUUUUUCCAUCAAAUAAGUGCUAUUCAAUCUGAUUUAUGACUAGUUAGUUGGACCAAGUUCACAUAAUGCCAAAAUGCGAUGUCAAAACAAGAUAUAUCCCAGCGACGUUCGCAUGGACAAUCUUGUUGGGCACAACUUUCCUGUUUUUCUAUUAUCCAUGCCAGUACUACAUAUUCCGUCAUCCAUGGGUUCCUGCAUACCAAGGAGUCAUCACAUUUUUCGUUCUUGCAAAUUUCACUUUAGCCACGUUCAUGGAUCCAGGAGUUAUUCCAAAAGCGCCGCCAGACGAAGAUCGAGAAGACGAAUUUCGCGCACCACUCUAUAAGAAUGCAGAAAUAAAUGGCAUUACUGUUCGUAUGAAAUGGUGUGUGACAUGCAAAUUUUAUCGACCGCCAAGAUGUUCACACUGUUCGGUAUGCAAUCAUUGCAUAGAGACAUUCGAUCAUCACUGUCCUUGGGUGAAUAAUUGCAUUGGGCGAAGGAAUUAUCGAUUUUUCUUCUUUUUUUUAAUAUCGCUAUCGAUUCAUAUGCUAAGCACAUUCGGUUUAUGUCUAGUUUAUGUGUUGAAUCACAAAGAAAAAUUGGCUCAAAUUGAGCCUAUCGUAGCAAUCGUUUUAAUGGGAAUUGUAAUUGUGCUGGCAAUACCCAUAUUCGGAUUAACCGGAUUUCACAUGGUAUUGGUAUCGCGGGGUCGUACCACCAAUGAACAAGUCACUGGCAAAUUCAAGGGAGGAUACAAUCCAUUUUCACGAGGUUGCUGGCACAACUGUUGUUACACACAGUUCGGUCCACAAUAUCCAAGUUUAAUGAAACCACAAAAGUAUGCCGCUCGUCGUUCGACCAAAGAAAAUCAAACCAUUAGUACAAUUACAAGUGAUCGAGAUGCUGGUCCACGACAUCCACCCGUAAACAGUGCAGUACAACAACAAGCCAUGUACGAUCGAGACAGACUGACACAGGUCAAAACUUAUACCGACCACAGUAACGGCUAUGGACAACGUUCCGGUGGAACUACGACACACUACAGUAAGCUAUCACCUGGACGAGAAUGUUCCGAUAAUGAUAUGGAACCGCAAGCAUCACAGAGUCAAGACUGCGAAGCAACACCUCCGUUACAGAGACACAAUUCGAAUUUCUACUUACCUCCAAUGGACGGUGGCGGUGAUUCACCGCGACACAAUAUGCGAAUGUAUCAUGCAAGACACAGUCCACACGCUAGGCAAAGGGGACUCGAAGUAUCUAGAGGAUACAAUUCAGACGCAAUAUCACCCGACCAGCCCCAGAUCAUUGUUCAACCGAAUCAAAUUCAAGGACAAGUGCAAUCACGAUUAACGUCGGCAACGCCGACCAUGCAACAGAGAAUAAAAGCGCUAGGUGUGGCAACGCCACUAGCCAUGUCCAGUCCAGUAAGGCGAUCAAAUCCGGGUACACCGACGCAACCGAGACGUCCCGAUUUUAUUGGCGUGAAUUCGAGCACAAAUCAGUCUGGUGCUUCUUAUUAUGACUUCCCCAUACAGCAUCAUACCGGUCUUCCACCGCAAACGCUGCAACAACAACAACUUCAUCAACAACUGCAACAACAUCAACAGCAGCAACAACAACAGCAGCAGCAGCAGCAACAACAACAACAUCACCACACGUCAUCGGCAAACGAUUUUCAUGGUAAUCAUAAUGGAGGUGGGCCACGUAUCGGUAUUUCACAAGCACCAUAUGGUAGUCCACAACGUCGCUUCCUGUCCGAAGGAGAACUAGUCCGUCAAGGUGCUGAACUAUCAUACGCACGAACAAAUAACACCGUAGAUAAUAUAAGAGAAUUAGCUGGAAGUCCACAGCGUGGUGUGUACAUGUGGAAAGAUAAUUCCCCCGGAUUCAAUGGCAAUCAUCAACCGCAAUUUCCCGGGCAGCCAAAUAUUUUAAAUAGAACGCAGCCAAAUAGUCAGCAUGAAUACAAUCAACACAGUGAUCCCUAUCACCAUCGAUCGAAUCCGACCAGUCCCACACAGCAUCUCCAAUACACAAACAAUAUCGGUCAGCGUUAUCCACCCAUGCCGAGUAAUGCAUCGGGUGCCACCGGCGUUGCCGGCUACAAUCCAGCAAUACCGCGUGGCGGCGUUUCGGUAUUCCCUCCACAACCAUCACCGCAAAUCAAACGAAAGGCCACACCGACCCGACCCAUAUCAUUUGUACGGGCGCUCGAAAUGACCGAUUCAAUGGAAAUGACAUCGAUGAACGGCGCCAAUUGUGACAGCACACAGCAACAACAACAGCAGCCGCAAUCUAAUCAAUCACGGAACAACGGUCCACUUAGCAAUACGAACAGCAGCGGCCAAACAAAUAUGCAACGAUCAACCACACCGACACCGGACCGACAAUCCGUUUACGAUAUGAAUUAUGAGAUAUCGGUGUAACUAACUGGCAAUAUUGACGCAGAGAAGGUAAACAAAACAAAAAUUAAAUUAAAACAAAAAAAAGAAGAAAAAAAAUUUCAUUUCAAAAAUUACGUGUGUGAAGAAAUUCAUUAAUAUUUUGACAAUUAAAAUUUAACAAAAACAAAAAAUUAAAUAUGUUUACAGUACAAAUGUCGUCGUCACUUAUAUAUAUAUAUAUAUUUAAGGAUUUAAUAGUAUUUAUGACUAAAAAAGAAGAAGAAAAAACAGAAAACAAUUUAUAUGAAAAUAAAUAAAAGUAAAAAAAGAAAAUGCAAAAUAUAUUUAAUUGAAAUAAAAACAAGAAAAAUGAAGAAACAGAAGUCGAAAAAAAUAUAUUUAAAUGGAUUAAAACUACACACACUCACCCACAUAUACAUAUACAUUCAGAUACAUACACGCAACCAAACCAACAAACAAUUACAGCAUACACGAGAGAAUAUACUUGUAAAUAGAUUUAUAUAUACAUUAUCAUGUUUGUAUUUGGUGUUCAAUAAAUUAUAACUUGAAUAAAACAACAAAAAAAAAAUUAAUUCAAAAAAAAACUAAAUUAUUAAAAAAGUGCAAGACUAAUUGAUUUUGUGUGUUAUAACACCUGGGACGUUUUGUUUGUAAAUAUGAUUAUUAUUAUUAUUAUUAUUAAUCAAAUUGAAUUUCAAUAUUGACGAAAAGAUAGAAGGAGACAGAUACACAGUGAGAGAGACGCAGAUAGAUAUGAAGAAGAAAGAAAGAGAGAAACGAGAGAUGUUAAUUAACUUAUUUUAGGUAUAAUAAUGUUGAUUUGUUUUACGAAAAGAAAAAAA